UCCUCACGCGCUCCCCGAGGAAGCCGCGCGCCGCGAUGAACAAGCUGUACAUCGGGAACCUGAGCGAGGCCGCGGCGGCCGCCGACCUGGAGCGCGUGUUCCGGGAGGCGCAGGUCCCCGCCGCCGGCCCCUUCCUGCUCAAGGGCGGCUACGCCUUCGUGGACUGCGCCGACGACGGCGGGGCGCUGCGGGCCAUCGAGGCGCUCUCAGGUAAAGUGGAGCUGCACGGCAAACUGCUGGAGGUGGAGCACUCGGUCCCCAAGAGGCAAAGGAUUCGGAAACUUCAGAUACGAAAUAUUCCGCCUCACUUACAGUGGGAGGUGCUGGAUAGUUUACUAGGCCAGUAUGGAGUGGUGGAGAGCUGUGAGCAAGUGAACACUGACUCGGAAACUGCAGUCGUAAACGUAACCUAUUCCAGUAAGGACCAAGCCAGACAAGCGUUAGACAAGCUGAAUGGCUUCCAGCUGGAGAACUUCACGUUGAAAGUGGCCUACAUCCCGGACGAGAUGGCCUCCCAGCAGAACGCUGCCCCGCAGCCCCGAGGCCGCCGCGGGUUCGGGCAGAGGGGCUCGUCGAGGCAGGGCUCUCCGGGAUCGGUGUCCAAGCAGAAGCCCUGUGACCUGCCUCUGCGCCUGCUGGUGCCCACCCAGUUCGUUGGAGCCAUCAUAGGCAAAGAAGGUGCCACCAUUCGGAACAUCACCAAACAGACCCAGUCUAAGAUCGAUGUCCAUCGUAAAGAGAACGCAGGCGCUGCAGAGAAGUCCAUCACUAUCCUCUCCACCCCAGAAGGCACCUCUGCGGCUUGUAAGUCUAUUCUGGAGAUUAUGCAUAAGGAGGCCCAAGACAUAAAAUUCACAGAAGAGCUCCCCUUGAAGAUUUUAGCCCAUAAUAACUUUGUAGGCCGUCUUAUUGGUAAGGAGGGAAGAAAUCUUAAAAAAAUUGAGCAAGACACAGACACUAAAAUCACGAUAUCUCCAUUGCAGGAACUGACGCUGUACAAUCCGGAGCGCACCAUCACAGUGAAAGGCAGCGUGGAAACCUGUGCCAAAGCCGAGGAGGAGAUAAUGAAGAAAAUCAGGGAGUCUUACGAAAACGAUAUUGCUUCUAUGAAUCUUCAAGCACAUUUAAUUCCCGGACUAAACCUGAAUGCCUUGGGUCUGUUCCCGCCCACUUCAGGGAUGUCGCCGCCCACCUCAGGGCCCCCUGCAGCCAUGACUCCCCCUUACCCGCAGUUUGAGCAAUCAGAAACGGAGACCGUCCAUCUGUUUAUCCCAGCCUUAUCUGUCGGUGCCAUUAUUGGCAAGCAGGGGCAGCACAUCAAACAGCUUUCUCGCUUUGCAGGAGCUUCCAUUAAGAUCGCUCCAGCCGAAGCACCAGAUGCGAAAGUGAGGAUGGUGAUUAUCACCGGGCCACCGGAGGCCCAGUUCAAGGCUCAGGGAAGAAUUUAUGGGAAAAUUAAAGAAGAAAACUUCGUUAGUCCUAAAGAAGAGGUGAAACUUGAAGCUCAUAUCAGAGUGCCAUCCUUUGCUGCUGGCAGAGUUAUUGGAAAAGGAGGCAAAACGGUGAAUGAGCUCCAGAAUUUAUCUAGCGCAGAAGUUGUUGUCCCACGUGACCAGACGCCUGAUGAGAAUGAUCAAGUGGUGGUCAAAAUAACUGGUCACUUCUAUGCUUGCCAGGUUGCCCAGAGGAAAAUUCAGGAAAUUCUGUCUCAGGUAAAGCAGCACCAACAGCAGAGAGCUCUGCAAAGUGGACCACCGCAGUCAAGACGGAAGUAAAGGCUCAGGAAACAGCCCACCACAGAGGCAGAUGCCAAACCAAAGACAGAUUGCUUAACCAACAGACGGCGGCUGACCCAUCCAGAAUCACAUGCACAAGUUUUACCUAGCCAGUUGUUUCUGAGUACCAGGCAACUUCCGAACUCCUGUCUCUGUGAGAAUGUAUCUCUAUGCUCUCUGAAACGGUGACACCCAGCUUUAAAAGGAAAAAAUGAGGGGGAGGGAGGAAAAGAGGAGCUCUGCACUUCCCUUGUGUUGUAUUUCCAGUGUAAAACUUGCUAAUUUUUCUUAAUGUUCCCGUUUAUGCAAGAAAUUGGCUUAGUGAUGCACUCACUAAAUUCAUCAAAUAAAAACAGAUUGCUCCUAAGCGAGAAUAGAAUUAUUAUAGGAACUUAACUGUUAUGAUAUCAACAUAGAAAAACUUCUGUUUCAUUUUUAUCUAACACUAACAUGAAUAACCUAAGGGAAGUGCUGAAUGGUGUUGGCAGGGGUAUUAAAUGUGCAUUUUACUCAACUACCUCAGGUAUUCAGUAUGCAAUGAAAGCAAAUUUUGUGGGGUUUGUUUUUUUUUGAAAUUUUUAUAUACUUUAUAAAGAUAAAAGUCCAACUGUUUUUUAAAAAUAAAAUUUAAUUAGCUAACAGGCAAAUAACUGAAAAAAAUUUUUUUACUUCUGGCUGGUGACAGUAAAGCUGGAAAAUUAAUUUCAGGUUUUUGAGGCUUUGACAGUUUUUAGUUGGAAAGUCUAAUGUCCAGUGACGGAGCAGUGCCUAUAUUUGGAGAGCAGCAAUACCAUUUCCUUUUUGUUUGUGGCAGGGAAAGUUUUUGAUGGUACGAACAGCGUGAAGUGGUCGCAGGAAGUUCUGGAAUGGCUGGCUAGUUUCAAAUGGCUUCAGUGCUUUUGUUGGGCUAAGUGAUUGAGUGCAUAAUUGCUUUGUGCUUCUGACUAUCGCUACCUGAAGAAAGUGCAGCAAUGGAGAUAUGCAGCCCUGUGGACUUGAAACGAUUGGCAAAAAGCAAGCCUCAGCUUGUCUUACAGGUGCUUAGUUUGCCAAUCCACCUCAGCAAUUGGUUUACCCUUUGAGCAGACCCCAAGAGUUGCUUGUGAAGCCCAGUGGGGCAGUCAGAUAGUGUGAGUGUUCCUUGGAAGGCCAUGAAAAGCUCCAUCUGCAUGUGCCAGGCACUGCCAUGAGCCUCACUAAGCUGUUUUGAAGAUUUUUAAACAAUGAUAAAAAGGAAAGGCCACCUAAAAUAUUACGUUAAAUACAGCAGGAUUUCUGUAUUCUGUGCAACCAGUUGUUGUAAGAAAACAAUUUUUGGGAUGUAGUUCGGAUGACUGUGAUAAAGCCUUUGACCUGAACUCAUUUGCCCGUCCUGUAAUUUGAUAGCAAAGCCCAGGAUGUUGAAUUAUGUGGGUGGUCUCCAAGGCACCCUGCUCUCAGAAUUGUUUGUUGCUUUUUGUUCAUGAAAGGAUCACAGUCAUCACAUUACAUGGAUCUGAAGGACAUAUAUAGUAACCCUGAAAAAAUCAUUUUGCCUCAUUUGUAUUUCAAAAUGAAUUUCUACAGACUAGGUAAGUUUUUCUAAUGAUCAGUGUAUCAGACAUUUUGGAAAUGACUUGAAAUGUUUUCAGAAAACCAGUUUAUUUUGUAGUGUUAGCCAAAAAGUGCCCUUCUUGUCACUGAAUUCAUCUAGCAUUCCUAACCCCCCCCACCAGCAAAUUGCUUAAAAAAAUAAUCAUGGACUGGCUUUCGGGUUGGUUUUUAGGUGAGAUGUGCUUAUGGCCAGAACUCUUCCUCAGUAUUUGAUUUUGCCAAUAUUUGAUGAGUUGUUUUUUAAAAAAUACAAAUAGGUGCUGCAUUUAUAUCUGCUGAUUUAAAUUCUGUCAUAUUUCACUUCUAGCCUUUAGUGUGGCAAAUCAUGUGUUACUUUGAAUUAAGCAUUGGUAAUGGAGUAUCUGGUAAUAGCUAGAAAAUAACUCUUGAGUUUGCACUCACCACAUAUGGAUCAUUCCUCAUUUGUAAUGUGCCCAAAUGCAGCUUCAUUUUCCAGACACCUUGAUGCAGAAUAAAGUUUUUCAUCAUUAGGUGCA